CUCAGCUGGUCAGAGGAACUAAGACAUCUGUCCCCCUGCGAGAAUCUCUCCCGAGUCGAGCAAAAUGGAUUAUCAGACAUCAAGUCCCCUCUACGACACUGACUAUGGGAUGUCAGAGCCCUGCCAAAAAGUCAACGUGAGACAAACUGCAGCCCAGCUCCUGCCCCUGCUCUACUCGCUGGUGUUCAUCUUUGGUUUUGUGGGUAACAUUCUGGUCGUCCUCAUCCUGAUCAACUGCAAAAAGCUGAAGAGCAUGACUGACAUCUACCUGCUCAACUUGGCCAUCUCUGACCUGCUUUUCAUCAUCACCAUCCCGUUCUGGGCUCACUAUGCUGCAGGCCAGUGGGACUUUGGAAAUACAAUGUGCCAGUUUUUCACGGGGUUCUAUUUCAUUGGCUUUUUCUCUGGAAUCUUCUUCAUCAUUCUCUUGACAAUUGAUAGGUACCUGGCUAUCGUCCAUGCUGUGUUUGCUUUGAAAGCCAGGACAGUCACCUUUGGGGUGGUGACAAGUGGGGUCACCUGGGUGGUGGCUGUGUUCGCCUCUCUCCCAGGAACCAUCUUUACCAAAUCCCAAAAAGAGGGUUCUCGUUAUACAUGCAGCCCUCAUUUUCCAUCCAGUCAGUAUCAUUUCUGGAAGAAUUUCCAAACUUUAAAGAUAGUCAUCUUGGGCCUGGUGCUGCCACUGCUUGUCAUGAUCGUCUGCUACUCGGGAAUCCUAAAAACCCUGCUUCGGUGUCGCAACGAGAAGAAGAGGCACAAGGCCGUGAGGCUCAUCUUUGCCGUCAUGAUUGUCUACUUUCUCUUCUGGGCUCCCUACAACAUCGUCCUUCUUCUGAGCACCUUCCAGGAAUUUUUUGGCCUGAAUAACUGCAGUGACUCUAAUAGGCUGGACCAAGCCAUGCAGGUGGCAGAGACCCUGGGGAUGACACACUGCUGCAUCAACCCCAUCAUCUACGCCUUCGUCGGGGAGAAGUUCCGAAGCUAUCUCUUACAGUUCUUCCGAAAGCACGUCGCCAGAUGCUUCUGCAAAGGCUGUCCAGUCUUCCAGGGAGACGCUCCAGAGCGAGCGAGCUCUGUUUAUACACGAUCCACGGGCGAGCAGGAAAUCUCAGUUGGCUUGUGAUCUGACUCAGCUUUUAUAUGCAGACUAGGGGC